AUGAAGAUGCUCCCAGGAGUGGGCGUGUUUGGGACCGGCAGUUCCGCCAGGGUUCUGGUGCCGCUACUGAGGGCAGAAGGGUUCACUGUCGAGGCCCUGUGGGGGAAGACAGAGGAGGAGGCAAAGCAGCUUGCUGAGGAGAUGAACAUCACAUUUUACACCAGCCGGACCGACGACGUCUUACUGCAUCAAGACGUGGAUCUCGUCUGCAUCAACAUCCCCCCUCCACUUACCCGGCAAAUAUCUGUGAAGGCUCUAGGUAUUGGGAAGAAUGUGGUGUGUGAGAAGGCAGCAACCUCAGGGGAUGCCUUCCGGAUGGUGACGGCCUCGCGCUAUUACCCACAGCUGAUGAGCCUGGUGGGGAACGUGCUGCGCUUCCUGCCUGCAUUCGUGCGCAUGAAGCAGCUGAUUGCCGAGCACUAUGUGGGUGCAGUGAUGAUAUGCGACGCCCGCAUCUACUCAGGCAGCCUGCUCAGCCCCAACUAUGGCUGGAUCUGUGAUGAGCUCAUGGGUGGCGGGGGCCUGCACACCAUGGGCACCUAUAUUGUGGACCUUCUGACCCACCUGACUGGCCGGAGAGCUGAGAAGGUACAUGGGCUGCUCAAGACCUUCGUGAGGCAGAAUGCAGCCAUCCGUGGCAUCCGGCACGUCACCAGCGAUGACUUCUGCUUCUUCCAAAUGCUCAUGGGUGGGGGGGUAUGCAGCACAGUGACUCUCAACUUCAACAUGCCAGGUGCCUUUGUGCACGAGGUCAUGGUGGUGGGCUCUGCAGGACGCCUGGUUGCUCGGGGGGCUGACCUAUAUGGACAGAAGAACUCUGCCACACAAGAGGAGCUGCUACUGAGAGACUCGCUGGCUGUGGAUGUAGGGCUGCCUGAGCACGGACCACAGGAUGUGCCACUGCUCUACCUGAAGGGCAUGGUGUACAUGGUGCAGGCCUUGCGCCAGUCCUUCCAGGGACAGGGUGACCGCCGCACCUGGGAUCGCACCCCCGUCGCCAUGGCCGCCUCAUUUGAGGACGGGCUGUACAUGCAGAGUGUGGUGGAUGCCAUCAAAAGGUCGAGCCGAUCUGGGGAGUGGGAGGCUGUGGAGGUGCUGACAGAGGAGGCCGAUGCUAACCAGAAUCUAUCCGAGGUGCUCCAGCGAAAUAACUUGUGA